ACUUAACGUAAUAAUUAUGUUUUGAAGAUAUCAAUGAACCAUAAAUAACUGAUAAGCACAAGUAUCUUUCUUCUUACUUAGUUGUUAAGGGAGAUCAGUAGUGAUGCAUUUUAUAGUCACAAAACCGAUUAAACUCUAUUCUGUGUGCAGAAAUUUAAUAAGCAUCAGAGCUAUGAGUUCGGAAUUUUUGAUCAACGACUCGAAAUAUUCGUUUUUGAAAGAUUUGGGGUUAAGUGAAACCAACUUGGGUGUGUAUAAUGGAGAGUGGAAGGGAUCUGGACCAGUUGUUCAGUCGAUUUGCCCCAGCAAUGGUAAAGUAAUUGCCCAGGUUAAAACAGGCACUGUUACCGAUUAUCAAUCGUGCGUGGAUGCUUCCCAAUCAGCAUGGAACACUUGGGCUGAUCUACCAGCUCCACAGCGUGGUGAAAUAGUGCGCCAAAUCGGCGAUGCCCUUCGACAGAAGUUGGUACCAUUGGGAAAAUUGGUUUCCAUUGAAAUGGGAAAAAUUCUUCCUGAGGGUAUUGGAGAAGUACAAGAAUAUGUUGACAUUUGCGAUUACGCAGUAGGCUUGUCCAGGACCAUGGCAGGUGCUAUUUUUCCUUCAGAAAGACCAGGACACGUUCUUUUGGAAAAAUGGAAUCCUUUGGGUCUAGUUGGCGUUAUUUCUGCCUUUAAUUUCCCUAUUGCAGUCUAUGGUUGGAAUAGCGCUAUUGCCAUGGUCUGUGGUGAUACAGUUCUAUGGAAAGGAGCGGAAACAACCCCAUUGGUUUCCGUAGCUACUACAAAAGUAGUGGCUGAAGUCCUUGAAAAAAAUAAUCUACCUGGUGCUAUAGCUACAUUAUGCUGUGGAGGAGCGGACAUAGGAAAAACAAUGGCAGCUGAUCCAAGAGUUAAAUUGUUAUCGUUUACUGGAAGCUCACAAAUUGGUCAACAAGUUGGUAUGGAAGUGCAAAAACGUUUUGGAAAACACCUUUUGGAACUUGGAGGUAACAACGCACUAAUUAUAGCUGACGACGCCGAUUUAAACAUGGUAGUACAAGCUACACUCUUUGCCUGUGUCGGUACUGCUGGCCAGAGAUGCACAACUACCAGAAGGUUAAUAAUUCACAAAAACACCAGGCCAGUCACUUUUCAAACAGUUUCUGAAAUAUCUGUGUUUUCUAAAUUUGAAUGCAAGGAAAGUGACGAGUAUACCAGGGUAUACGAUGAAGUACUAAACAGGCUAAAAAAAGCAUACCAACAAGUCCAAAACAGGAUUGGUGAUGCCUUGGAAUCAAACACGUUGAUUGGUCCACUACACAGCACACAAUCCUUGCAAAAAUACAAGGAUACCAUCGCCGAAAUAAAAAAACAUGGAGGCAAAAUUGAAAUUGGUGGAAAUGUUUUGGAUAAACCUGGAUAUUUUGUGGAACCAACCAUCAUCACAGGUCUUAAACACGACAAUCCUUUAGUUCACAAUGAAUGUUUUGCUCCCAUUGUCUACUUAUUAAAGACAGAAAGUGUGGAAGAGGCCAUUUCCUGGAAUAACGAAGUACCACAAGGAUUAUCAUCAAGCAUAUUCACACAAAGCAUUGGCAACAUAUUCAAUUGGAUUGGACCAAAGGGUUCAGACUGUGGAAUAGUAAAUGUCAAUAUUCCCACAUCUGGUGCUGAAAUUGGGGGAGCUUUUGGAGGUGAGAAACACACCGGGGGAGGAAGAGAAUCUGGAAGUGAUGCUUGGAAGCAAUAUAUGAGGAGGUCAACAAUCACCAUCAACCAUUCCAAAGAAUUACCUCUUGCACAAGGCAUCAAGUUUGAAUAAAAAUGUAUAUCAAAUUCUAAAAUAAAUGUUUAAAAUAUUUUUAAUAA